AUGAACGUCAUGGAAUUGUCACCGUAUUUGAGUGGAAUCCAAAAAAUUCCGGGAAGUAAAUUGAGUGAAAAGUUCAACGCUCUGAAUCGCAUUGCGAAGAAAAUCGUCGAAUCAAAAUCGAAGAAUCAAGAUGCUCUUGAUUUGGAAGAAGUACCAGAAGCAUUGAAACCUCUAGUACAAGUGGAAAUUGCCCGAUUACUACGGCAACCUGAUGGUAUUGUUGACGCAUUAAAAUCCGAUGACUCAGUAGUCUUCAGUCGCGCAAUUAAAGUUAAGUGGUUUUUCAACGGCAGUAUUGAAGCUUGUUCGACAGUCCAGUACUACCAAACACAUAUUUUACCGUAUGUAUCUCUGCAAAGUCGAAUUAAAAUUAUGAAAACCUUAGGUGAUAAUUUGAAUGAAAAAUCUGACAUUGCUGAAAAAUUUUAUGUUUUGCUUUGCGACAUGUACGGAGAGAAGCAAGCUUAUCCGCUUCUCAAAGCUUGCAGUGAAUCAUUUAUCUGGAAUCGCAUCACAGAACAUGAAGUGCGCCUCGAUGAUAGAAUUGUACGAUUUUUGUUUUACAAGUAUCCAGAAUUAAUUGUUAAAUAUCUAAAGCUGAGCAAAAUAAGUGACGAUCCGUUUGAACGAAAUUUAAAACGCGUUUAUUUGUUUGAUUUUUCAGAUUUUCUUCCCCGCUUGUUGAAGAGAUACCCAAAAUCUUUUGUGGAGCUCAUUGAGAUGCACGAUUGUUCUUACUAUCUAAAACUUAGUAACACUCGCACUGAAUUGUUUUUGGUAAAUUGCAUUGAUGCUUUACUAAAAAACGCUAAAUUAUUUUUACCAAUGUUGGAUUUGAAAACAGUGACCAAAAAAUUGAACGAAGAGCAAUUUAAGAACAUUUUUACACAGAUGUUUCGUGAAGAUUUGAAAUCAUUCGAGUUCGACGAACUGUUGAUGUACCUCGAAUUCGUUCCCGUAGAUAAAAAAUUACCACUGAUGCUCUCUACAUUCAAAGAAGUAUAUAAACUGAAUCUGCUGGACUGCACUGAAAAAAUUACCCCAGAGGCCUUGAAAUUACUUCCACGUGAUGAGCGAAUUAAACAAGCGAAAAUUAAAAUGGAAAAAGAACCAUCUGAUGAAUUUCGUUUCUCAGAUAAAUCAUGGAUUUGUUAUCUGUCACCAGAAGAGUCAGUAGAACAUAUAAAAGCACUGAUAAAAAAAACUUCUGAGGAAAGCAAGCGGAUGCAUUUACUUAAACAACUAAUUUACACUUGCUAUGUCAAUUCUGAUAAUAACGCUCUGCUUGAAGUGCUUAAGUACAUUACAACGAGACAUAAAAACGAACAAAGGUAUUUAUUAUGCGAUAUUUUAGAUAUGAUAUCCAGUGAAAAAUACUUGAAAAAUCUAUCACAAGAACAUUGGGAUGUAAUUUACAAUUUUUUGAAGUUCAUACAUAUCAAAAAUAAGUCCGAUUAUUGGUUAAAUGUAUUACAAGUAAAAAUAAUAAUAUUUUUCAUUCGCUUUGAGUUAGAAAACAGUCAUUCUAUUGAAGAUAAGAUAAGCUUCGUGGCCGAUUUGAUUAUCUCGCAAUCUCGGGAUUCAUUUAACAUUUUAGAAGAUAAUAUUGUAUUCGAAAAACAGUGUUUGGAGGAGUUUCUCAAAGUACUUCCUACUAAAAAACCCCAUGACAAAGAUUAUCCAAGCACUGAAUUGAUCAAAAAUGUUAUAUUAUCAAUUUAUACCUUCAACAAACAUAACUUGAAGGCUAAGUCUCCUUUUGAGCCAAUGUCAAUCAAAGAUUUUCCUUGGGUACUGAAUGUUACUGAAAAAAUUAUAAUAGAAAACACCGAGUACGAUCAUGAUUUAAUAUUUAUACUAAGAAUUUUACAAGAAGAAGAGCAAGAUCUUUAUAAAGAAUUAGCUGCAAACAUUAAAGAAGAAGAAAACCUCUCAUGUAUGCUACAAACACUCCGAACGAAUCCAGAAAUAAUAAUGCGUAAUUGGAAGUAUUGUUUGAAAAGUUGCCUAAGAUCAACUCAUGAUCUAAUAAUUUAUGAAUUCAUAAAAUUAUCUCGUUGGUAUCAAGAUUUGCCGAUUAAAUUCGCGGAAGAGUGUUUGAAAAUCAUCGAGGAGACGAAAGAUGCCCAAGCAUUGAUUGUUUUGGCGCUACUAUUAGAAGGACCGGCUUUCGAACAGGUGAUUACUCCUUUCAUACCAUCGUCUGCGACGAUAGAUGUUGACCCAGAAGAUGCAAAAACUGACUAUCAAAUGGUGUGCUCUUCUUCUAUGGCAUUCAAUCUAGUUAACCCAGCAGUUUCUUUAGAUUGCACCCUCAAAUUCUGUGUUGGUGACUAUAUCCAUAAUAUAAUCAAUUGUCUUGUCAAUGUAAGCCGGCGAACAUCAGUAGCUAAAGUCGUACCAUUUGCAUUGACACUGAUGGAUCGUCCAGUAUCUAUAAAGAAACAUGGCAUUCGUUUGUUUUGUAUGGUUGCAGAUAUUAAGCAACUACGUAGAAGUUUAAUUGAUAUGUGGAGAUCGGAAACGCAUCAAACUAUUCGUACAUUAGUUUUUACUAAUAUAUUUAAUGCUUUUAAAUCUAAUUCUAACAAUGAAACUUGGGAGAUGCUGAAAGAAUGUCUUGAUGAUCUUAAACCAGAUGAUAAAGAUAUUUUUCCAAGUUUGCUAGAAUUUGAGUAUGUUCCCAACGAAUAUGUUGCGGAUUAUGUUGAAAAAUUAUUCAUUGUUUUUCGUAAGCUUUGUAAUGUUGAAGAUGACCCGAAGAAAACUGAUAAGAAUUAUAUCAUGGAAUUACUUGAUAUUCCGAAUAAUAUAUCCGCUCUUCUUUCUGAUGAACAACAUAAAAAAAUAAUUGAUAGUUAUGUUCUUGAUUUGUCGCUACCAAAAAAUUUACUCUCUUCAGGGCAUUCUUAUUUGAUUAAUCGUUAUAUUGUUCCGGCGCGAAAUAAACUUGAAGAGAGAUUGAAUCAUUUUCGAGACAUCUUUACUAAAAUAGUGAAAAAUAUCAAUGUUCCACAGUCAAAUCAUCCGACAUUUUAUCCGGCAAAUUACUUUGUACACAAUUUAGCUUGUGACACUAUUUAUAUUUUACCUCGUGAUUCGUUGCAAGAACGAUUAGUUAGUAUUUUACUAGAAUUUUUUCAUUCUCUACUGAAACCACACCAUGAUCCAGAAGCGUUUUUGCGUUUAACAUUGCUUACUUUAAUAAGAGGUGAAAUUUCACCGCAAGAAAUCGCUGGUAAAAUUACCAAAAUAUUACCAUCAUGGAUAACAACCUUUUCUGCCGAGUAUAUUUCUGAAAUUGCUGUACAUUUAUACGUUGUUUUGAAUACAUUCAGACAUGCUAACCACGAUUUUACUUUGCGUUGGAAUAAUUUGGAUGUAAUUGAAGCUUUAGUAGCGUUUAAUAUUGAAGAAGCAACUAUUAUUGCAGCGUAUUUAUUACUUCUAAACGGACGGUCAGAUGAUGAAAAAUUCUAUAAAAUUAUUAACGUUCUCAAGAAUCAUCAACAUCCGACAAUAAGUUCGAUUGCUUACACUCUGAUGUUUAGAAAUUGA